UAACCAUAAGUUAUGAGUAAUUGUAAAACAUUACUCUUCAUGGGGAAAACUAAUAGGAAAUCUUGGCCCCUCCCCUAGAUUUCUGUCUCCUGCUAGAAACUUCUCCUAUCAUCCCCUGCUGAAUGAUAACAUAAAAGAUAAAAGGCCAUUUGGCAUGGUCCUCCAUGAACAAUCAGAAGUGAACAAGAAGUUCAGGCCUGUAAAUAACAGACACACUAGAAAACCAGCUUCCCCCCCACCCCCAUCUGUCAGGAAAAGGGGAAAAAGGGAGAACUGCCAAGCUGGCAUACAGCUACAAACUAAUUCUCUACCCAGCAUGCAUAUAUAUAUGUGUAUACAUUAAACAUUAUCUUGACAUGAUGAUAAUUUGAGACCUUGCAGUCCAUUCCUAAAAUAAGCUGUCUGAUCCAUGUGGAUGGAUCUGAUGGGUGGACACAAUUCCCUCUUCUGCUGGCAGUGUGUACUAGUAAGAGCCCAGAAAGCUAAUCUCAUUUUCUGGUUAGCUUUGAGUCCCUUGGUCAGUGUAGAUGCGAGAUCUCUCAGUACAAUCUCACGACUGCAAUGAGAAAUGGCCAGGAGACAAUUCCAUUAAGCGUGUCUCCAGCUGCCAAAUGAAGCUGCACGCCAGUUAAUGCUGAUGUACAAGGAUUUUUGGGGAGUUCUGUAAGCACUGUUCAAGCUGCUGCAGGCUGCACUACUUGGGGUUUUUCAAUGAGGCACACGCUCUCUUUGAACUUUCUAUUUCCUUGAAAUUUAAUAUUCUGUUUUCUUUCAAAGUACUUCGCUAAAAUAAUAAGGGGCUUUCCCCUAAGCUCCACCUUCAUCUUUCACAGCUCUCCAAACUACGUUUAUCGUCAGACAGAUAUUUGAAGUGACAAAGCGAACAAGAAAGCUGAGAUUUCUUCACACUCUGCCUAGACACGUCUUAGUCCUCACCGCAGCAAGGUUGGUGCACCUCUUCCCAGCCAUGUCUGUCUGCUCCCCUUCCCCCCCACCUUCUCUUCCGUCGCUCCAUGUUCCCUCACAGAGCUCUUCCAAGCCCACAUGCAGCACCAGGCGACUCUCGGGCCGCGCAGUGCCGCCGCAGGAGCCGCGGGCCCGCGGGCCCCUCGCUCAGCCGGGCUGCUACCGCCACCCCGAGCCCGCCCAGCGCCCCCGGGCACCACCCGGUGCUGGCUGCGCGGUCGUUUCGGGCUGGGAACACGAGACAGCCCUUCGAUCCCAUGAGCCGCAGAGGAGUUGGUCCUGCGAGCGUUCCAACGUUACCGGUACCGCAGCGUUGAGGAAAGCAACAGAAAGGCCAAACAAGCGCUGCCAAGGGCUCCGUGUGGCUCUUCCCUGGUGGUAUUUGUAAGCUCGUAUGAAGGAUGUUGAAGAGACUGUCUCACAUAAAGAUCUUGAAAGGCUGCAGGGACUUCUUUGCCAGUGAGAACUAAAGCAUGACUGCUAUCCAGGAAGUGAGUGGAUUUUUCCUUCCAUUUCCCUGAAAAACUUGCCAAAUUCCUGAGAAACAAAAUUUUUUUCUGAAGCUGUUGAAGCUCAUAUGAAGAGAGAAGAGGACAUUUUCUUUAGCCCUGCAAAGCUACCUGGUAUUUGAAAUGCUGAAGAGGAAAUUACGGUUUUGCUACAACUCACGCUUCAGGCUUUUCUUGGGUCUAACUCUCAUUUUAGUAAUAAUUUCAGUUUUGAAAGUUAACCAGAAGGAAGACUUCCUAAACCGGAGACAUCUGGAGCUAACAAAAGAAGAUCCUAUUAGUGAUGUUAACUGCACCAAGAUUAUUGAGGGGGAUAUAGAAGAAAUACAAAAGGUACAGCUUGAGGCAUUAUCAGUGUCAUUUAAGAAGCGCCCCAGACUAACAACAGAUGAUUAUAUUAACAUGACUGCAGACUGUGCCUCCUUCACCAAAACUAGGAAAUACAUUAUGGAACCUCUCAGUAACGAAGAAGCAGAAUUUCCAAUUGCUUACUCAAUAGUGGUUUAUCACAAAAUUGAGAUGCUUGAUAGACUUCUAAGAUCAAUCUAUGCUCCACAGAAUUUUUACUGCAUUCAUGUAGACAAAAAGUCUCCAGAAUCCUUUUUUGCUGCUGUGAAGGGAAUAGUCUCAUGUUUUGAUAAUGUCUUUAUUUCCAGCCAGUUAGAGAGUGUGGUAUAUGCUUCGUGGAGCAGAGUGCAGGCAGACAUUAACUGCAUGAAAGAUCUCCAUAGAAGAAGUUCAAACUGGAAAUACCUAAUAAACCUAUGUGGUAUGGACUUUCCUAUAAAGACCAACAAGGAAAUAGUAGAGAAAUUAAAAGCCCUUAAGGGUGAAAACAGCUUGGAAACAGAAAAAAUGCCUGUUUACAAAGAAGUAAGGUGGAAGAAACACCAUGAGAUUAUUGAUGGUAAAAUAAAGAACACAGGCAUAGACAAACAACUACCACCUCUCAGUACUCCAGUUUUUUCUGGCAGUGCCUAUUUUGUAGUUAGCAGGAGCUUUGUAGAAUAUGUACUAGAAAACAGCAAAAUACUGAAGUUCAUUGAGUGGGCGAAAGAUACUUACAGCCCAGAUGAGUACCUGUGGGCAACAAUUCAGAGAAUCCCUGAAGUCCCAGGCGCGUUUUCUUCCAGCGACAAGUACGACGUUUCUGACAUGAAUGCCCUGGCCAGGUUUGUCAAGUGGCAGUACUUUGAAGGUGAUGUGUCCAAAGGUGCGCCCUACCCACCGUGCAGUGGAGUUCACAUCCGCUCUGUGUGUGUUUUUGGAGUAGGGGACUUGAACUGGAUGCUACGGAACCACCACUUGUUUGCUAAUAAGUUUGACACUGAUGUCGACCCUUUUGCAGUGAAAUGCUUGGAAGAGUAUUUGCGACACAAAGCCCUGUAUCUGCAGAAGAACUGAGACGUGUGCUCCUGUUGGGAAACAUAAGUACAGAUACUCUACUGCUACGUACUUCAACGUGUUACAGCAGUCGUGGUGGUGCUGAUAAUGGGUAUAAUGACUCUCACCAUGUUGGUCUGGUGCUGCUCAUGCCCUGCCUCAUCCAUGGACAAGAGGGAGAAAACAUGUCUUGAGUAUGCCUUGUGGCACACUGAAGUUUGGAGCUUUAGGUAUAAAGUCAGCACGAAAGCCAACUAUUGGGAAUAUUUAUUAUCUAGAAGGUAUAAUUAAUGGACUUCAUUUGGUUAAACUGUUUUAAGGCAAAGAAAAUGCAUGUUGUUCAUGGUUAUUCUCAAAUUUUUUUUUCCAUGAAUGUAAUGAAUGCUAACUGGAAGAGAAAGAUGAAGGGGUGGGGUACAAAGCAGCUGGACUGCACUUCAUACUGAAUACUAAAAGAUCUCAGGAAUAUAACGUUAGAAGUUAUCUAAAAGCUAUGCAAAAGGGGAUAUGCAAAGCCAGCUGUUAUCAUUUUACUUAGAUCUGUUUGCUGCAGUUCUGUUACAUGUAAUUCUUAAUCCUGCUGAAAAUUUUGUCUUCAGCAUGGAGUAUUAAAGAAUUCAAAUCUUUUGUAUUCUUAAAGCACCCUGAUAUUGUGAUAUAAAGUUUAUACACUAGUUUGUAAUUACAUCUUCUCAGGGAAACUUCAGUUUUGUGCCUGAUGAGAUUUAGACUUGUAAUUUUACAUUUCUUACUGGAUGGGGAGUUUUGCUUUUGUAUCCAAAAUUGAUGAAAUUUCUCAAAACUUAAAAGAACUGCAGUAGUGUCUAAAUAUUACUGGUGGAACUGCUGGUUUCUGCUUUCUGUCAAGCUCAACUUGCAUUCCAGAUUAUUUUAACACUAAGUAUGGAAAAAAUAAAAUUAUUUUUUUAAAUGA